AGCUACUCCACGACUCAUAUAAAAUUUUUUAAUAACUCAGUGUUAACGUGCUCAUGAUGAUGAGAAAGAAACAAUUUCAGUUAUUAUUGUGCACCAGAUGGAGAAAUAUUUUCAACGAGUGUGGUUUUGGGAAACGAAAAAGAUCCAGCCGAGGGCUAGCCCUGCAAAGGUAUUACUCCACUGACUCCAGUGAGCACAAAGAGUAUAAAAUACCAGCUGAGAGAAUCAGAAAUUUCAGUAUAAUCGCUCACGUAGACCACGGUAAAAGCACCUUAGCUGAUCGUUUCCUUGAAAUAACAGGAGCGAUCAGAACCAACUCUGGUGUUCAGGUGCUAGACAAACUGCAGGUGGAGAGGGAGCGAGGAAUAACCGUUAAAGCCCAAACAGUCUCCUUAAAAUACACCUAUAAAGGGGAAGAGUACAUGUUGAAUUUGAUCGACACUCCAGGGCAUGUAGAUUUUGUCAGCGAAGUGCACAGAUCUCUAUCGGCCUGCCAGGGGGUUAUUCUAGUGGUAGACGCCAAUGAUGGAGUCCAAGCCCAGACUGUCGCGAACUUUUAUCUAGCCUUUGGUAAAGAUUUAGUGAUAAUUCCAGUAAUCAACAAGAUUGAUCUCAAGAAUGCAAAUCCGGAGAGAGUUGUCAAAGAGUUGCAAUCUUUAUUCGAUAUAAAUGAAGACGAAGUGAUCAAAAUUUCUGCUAAAUUGGGUAUCAAUGUGGAUAAGGUGCUGGAAGCUGUGGUGACGAGAAUCCCUCCUCCCGUGGUCGACUUGGACAAACCCUUUCAGGGACUGAUCUUCGACAGCUGGUAUGAUAGAUAUCGAGGGGCCAUAUCACUUAUUUAUCUGGCAGAAGGUUCGAUCUCAGUUGACCAGCAGAUUACUUCACUUCACACUGGAAAAUCUUACGAGAUAAGGGAGCUCAUCUUACUGAGGCCUGAGGAAGAACAGGUGAAAUCACUGUAUGCAGGACAAGUUGGAUGUGUGGUCUGCAAUAUGAGAUCUUCAGCCGAUGCAUACAUUGGUGAUACGAUUCAUCUGAAAAAUGUGCCUGUGAAACCGUUGGUGGGAUUCACCCCCGUCAAAGCGAUGGUCUUUGCUGGAAUUUAUCCGAUGGAUCAAUCACAACAUAUGUCAUUGAGGAAUGCUAUUGAGCGGCUUGUUCUAAAUGACAGUGCCGUCAGCAUGUCAAUAGAGACAAGUCCUGCUCUGGGCUUGGGCUGGAGACUAGGGUUUUUGGGAUUACUUCAUAUGGAAGUGUUCUGUCAACGACUGGAGCAGGAGUAUAAAGCAGCCCCGAUUAUCACUGCACCCAGUGUAACGUAUAAAGCAAAAAUUAUUGGAAAACAGAAUAUCAAGGAGCGUAAAUCGGAAGAGAUAACAUUUAACAAUCCGGCACAUUUUCCAAAUCCGCAAAUUGUUACGGAAUUCAUGGAACCCAUGGUUUUAGGAACUAUUAUUGUACCAACCAAAUACCUUGGUCCCAUUUUGUCUCUCUGCUUGGAGAAACGGGGUGUAGAGCAAUCGACAAAGCAGUUCGAUACCAAUCGAAUUAUUCUACAAUUUAUACUGCCACUUAAUGAGAUUAUCAUUGACUUCCACGAUACACUGAAGACAAUGAGCUCAGGAUAUGCAAGUUUCGACUACGAAGAUCAUGGAUAUUCUACAACCAAUCUUGUGAAGUUAUCUGUACUUUUGAAUGGAAUGCAAAUUGAAGAAUUGAGCACCAUUGUACAUACAUGCAGGGCCAAAGACUUUGCCAAACAAAUGGCUAAGAAACUUCUAGAAAUUAUCCCCAGACAACAAUUUCUAAUAGCCAUUCAAGUAGCAGUGGGUGCCAAAAUCCUAGCCAGAGAAGACCUCAAACCAUUUAGAAAAGAUGUCACCAGUCGUUUGAAAUCUGGAGGAGAUGUGCAAAGACGACGAAAACUUCUACAACAGCAAGCCGAGGGCAAGAAGCGAUUGAGAAUGGUGGGUAACAUUUCUCUACCGAGAGAAACUUUCAUCGAAAUUUUAAAGCGAUAAAUCAUUGGAUGUUAUCUGUAUAUAAUAUGGAUGAAUAAAUUUUUAUUGGAAUG